AUGUCUUCUGGACUCAGGGCAGCGAGCCUCCCCGCCUGGAAGCGGCACAUCCUGGACGAAUUGAGGCGACGGGACCGGUUGCAGAGACAGGCCUUUGAAGAGAUUAUCUUGCAGUGUAAGUAAAGGUUUUGGUGGCUGCUUGAAAGUAUCCAGCUUAGCUCCAACAGCAUACAUUGUUCAAAACUGACUGCCAACCAAAUGAUUGUGUGUGAGAGGCCAUAGUGUGUGAGGAAGGUUAUUCUUGCGGGAUUGUAAACAACUUGUCGUCUGGGUGAGAGUCUCUUGAAAUUUUCUUAGUCAGAUUGAAGUAGCCAGCCCUGUUUUAAUGGCCUUAUACUUAUAAGAGCAUGUAUGGAGAAUGUUGCUUUUAUAAUGUUGUUUUCCGGUGCAAAGGUUAUAGUAAGUAAAACAUUAUCAUCUUAUUGCUGGAUUGUAAAACUGGUGGUUUCUUUUUGUUUUUAACUGAACUCCUCAUUAGAUAACAAGCUCCUGGAGAAGUCAGAUUUCCAUUCAGUGCUGGCUGACAAGCUACAAGUGGAAAAAUAUGACUUGCCAAGCCGGCAUGAGAUCAGGUACUUGCUGAAUCAGUACAAGUGAUGGUUACUGUGUCUGGUGUUGUUCCUAUUCCACCAACGAUGGCUAUUUGUCAUAAUGGCUAUGUACUGCUUCCAGUAUUAGUGAGAGAGUGCUGUUGCAUGCAUGUCCUUCUAGGGCUUCCUAUAGACCUCCGGCUGAUCACACUGAAUGCAGAAUGCUGGAAUUGAUGGGUGUUUGGUCUGAUGCAGCAAGGCUUUUAUGUUCUUAAUAUAUAAAUAUAUUUUAGCUCUCUUGUAUAGCAGUUAUUAAAACUACAGUCAUACCUCGGGUUGAAGUUGCUUCAGCUUGAGCGUUUUUGGGUUGCGCUCCGCAGCGACCCGGAAGUAACGGAGUGCGUUACUUCCGGGUUUCACCACUCGCACAUGCGCAGACGCUGAAAAUGACGUCAUGCGCAGAAGCGGCGAAUCAUGACGCGCGGACACAGGUUGCAUUCGCUUCAGGAUGCGAACGGGGUUCAGGAACAGAUUCCGUUCGCAUCCAGAGGUACCACUGUACUGCUAAGAACUGCUAUAAUGCUCAUUGUCUGAUCCCUGUACAUAUUUUCUUGGAUGUAACUUCUCAAUACCAUUGGGCUUACUCCCAAGGAAGGGUACAUAUUAUUUAAUAUUAUUUAAUAACAUACGCUAAAUGUGUUGGUAAUACUAGGUUUUUGAAAAGUUUAGCUAGUAUGAUUUUGAGCCAUAUAGGAUAUCUAUAGGGUAUGAAGAGAGAAUGGAUGUUCACUAUAUCUGCAGGAACUGCGGGCAUUUAUCUUGGAGAUCAAUUCACCCAUAGCUAAAAUGGUCAACAAAGUACAUAAAAUCACUGGUGUAACGAACAGGAAAAAAGAAAAUCUUGAUAUGGAGAUACGGUGCUCUGCUUAUGUAAUCUAAGUUCUACAUUGAAACAUUAAUUUUACUCUUUUAAAUGAAGUUAAAUAUGUUAAAUAUAGGGAUAGCCAUCUGAAACAAAAAAUUUGAUAGAAAAAUGGAUUAUGGAAAUUGGAUAAAAAGUAGUUUGAAAUGCUUUGUGAAUUAAAAACUCAGAAUUUUUCUUUUCUCAUCCUCUGGAAAAUUCCAGUCCAGGACAUGAUGGUGCAAGGAAUGAUUGUCACAUGCAAGAAAUAGCCCAGCUUAGAAUUAAGCAUCAAGAGGAGCUGACAGAGCUGCACAAGAAACGUGGCGAGGUUAGGAGCACCCAUUUUAUCCAUGUGUAACAUUUCAAUACUGUUCUUUUGCAGUGGUACCAGAGUAAUUAUAGGCUUACUGUGGGAUUCAGAAGUUUGAAAACUUAACUUCUGUACAGUAGAACCUCGGUUUUCAAACGUAAUCCAUUCCGGAAGACCAUUCGACUUCCGAAACGUUCUAAAACUGAAAGCGGAAGCCUCAGUUCAAUAGGGAAACUCAAAACAGAAGCCGCAUCAGACGUUUGGGUUCCAAAAAACAUUUGAAACCAAAGCAUUUACUUCCAGGUUUUUGGUGUUCGGGAGCCAAAGCAUUCAAAACCGGAGCUGUUUGAGAACCAAGGUUUGACUGUAUACUAAUAUUGUGACAUUGGUUAAUAAUUACGCAGGUAUCUCUUCAAGGAAAAACAAUAAAGACACUUAGAUUGUAUUCAGCUAACUUUUACUCAGAGUAGACCCAUUGAAAUCAACAGACCUAUGUCAUAGUUAUAACUUUCGGUAGAUGUAUUCUAAGUGAAAAUUAGUUACAUGGUUCUAGCAAAUAUUCCAUAUGUUUUCAAAGACUAGAGUAAAUAUUUGUAAUAAAUGUUUUAAUAAAUAUUUAACAAAUAAUAGUACGAUUUCAGCAUGCAUGAAAUGUUAUGCUAAGUUGGCAGGUGUAUGUAUACUUGGGUGUUCAGGAAAAAAAUGAAACACUGAGGUUAGAGGAAAAUCAAACACAAAAAGUAGACUGUAUUAAUAGUUGCUUUCCCUCAGUAACAUAGUUUCCUUCACAGUUGGCCCAGUCUGUGAUUGACCUGAAAAACCAAAUACAACAGAAGGACAGUGAGAUGCAAACGAAUAAUACAAAGUGAGUAGAACCCAUUUACUACUUACAGAAUUUGAUUUUGGUGCUGGAUGCCAAUUUUUGGUUGAAUUCUCAUUAAAACUGAGUGUCUUUGCCCACUUUAGGCUGGUGCACGUGCUCUGCCCUUUCCCGGGGAAGCCAGACCUGGCUGUGGUAACACAUGCCUUGGUUACACUGGAUUAUUGCAAAGUGCUUUACAUAAGGCUACUGUUAAGAGUAUUCAGAUGCUUCAGUAGUCCAGAAUGUGGCAGCAAGAAGGCUGGUGGGUGGGUGCCCUUGGUAUCUUACUACACCUGCCUUGCAUAGCCGACACUUGCUACCAUUUUGCUUCUGGACUCAAUUAAAAGUGUUGGUGACUAUUUUUAGGGCCUUAAAUGUCUUGGGUCCAUCAUAAGUGAAGGGACUGACUUAUUUUGUACACACAUGCCUGUUGUCGUAAGAACAGGUGAAGAAGCCCUUAUUUAUAUCCCACAUCAGAAGCACGGUCUGUAAUAAUGUCAGGGGGUUUUCUCAGUGGCCACAGCAGCUUUGUGGAGCAUUUUGCCCUUGUGAAAUUUGGAUGCCCACCUCUCCUGCUAUCACUGGUGGGUGAAUACCUUUUUAUUCUGACAUGUUUUUGCCCUGACAGGUAGCUGGUGGCUUUUUUUAAUACUGUGCUUUAUCUGCCUGCCUGCCUGCCUGUUUUUAUUUCCUUCGGUUUUGUUAUACUAUUUAAGUGAUCUUUAAGUGUAGUGAGCUACCUGAGUCAUGUUUAAGAAUUAGACUGGGGUAAAGUAAAGGUAAAGGGACCCCUGACCAUUAGGUCCAGUCAUGACCGACUCUGGGGUUGCGGCGCUCAUCUCGCUUUAUUGACCGAGGGAGCCGGCGUACAGCUUCCAGGUCAUGUGGUCAGCAUGACUAAGCCACUUCUGGUGAACCAGAGCAGCGCAUGGAAAUGCCGUUUACCUUCCCGCCAGAGCGGUACCUAUUUAUCUACUUGCACUUUUGAUGUGCUUUCGAGCUGCUAGGUUGGCAGGAGCAGGGACCAGCAAUGGGAGCUCACCCCGUUGCAGGGAUUCAAACCGCCGACCUUCUGAUUGGCAAGUCCUAGGCUCUGUGGUUUAACCCACAGCGCCACCUAAAUAAUAAAUAUAUGGGUUGCCUCUCUUAAAGGAUUGUAGAAUAUUUGCAGAAGAUAUCUGAACUAGAGACAGAUUGCCAGGACCUGCGGAACAAGCUACAAGAUCUUGAAAGAGCCAAUCAGACUCUUAAGGAUGAGUAUGAUGCACUCCAGAUUACCUUUACUGCCCUUGAGGAAAAACUGAGAAAAACUACGGAAGAUAACCAAGAGCUGGUAACACGCUGGAUGGCAGAGAAAGCUCAAGAAGCUAAUCGGCUCAAUGCAGAAAAUGAGAAAGAUUCCAGGUAUGAUACCAGCAAGUUAAAACCUUUGAGUUGAGCUUAAAUUUGCAAUAGAAGCCCCUCCCCAAAAAAUUUUUCCCCCAAAUGUUACCCCCAUCUUUUCUGGAUGAACAUAGAAACUCUGUGUCUCUGUGUGUAGAUCUCAGUAUUUUUUCCAGUAAUCCUGGCCACUUAACGACUCAGUGAAUCGUGGCAAAGGGCAUUUUUUGAGAUUGAAGUCGAUCUGAAUGUAGAGCAGUUUAAGAAUGGUUUAUGUAAUACAGCUUGUGUCUGUUCAAUUGGUCCCCACUAGCCUCAUUUGCAUGCAUGCUUGUAAUGCUAAUCUUGUAUCCUGAGUGAAAGCGUUGGGUGAAGUUUGGAGCUGGGUACCAUUUGAUGACACCCAGUUGUAUUACUUUGUGCCAUCUGAGUCAGGGAAGGCUGUGUGAAUACUGAACUGAUGUCUGGGCACUGUAAUGGGCUGGAAGUGGGGCAUAAAACAGAGACUGAAUCCUUGUCGGUUGGUGAUUCUCAUGUCCCAGAAUUGGACAAGUGACCUUCUGAAAAUAGGAUUGAACUCUACCUGAAAGAGCAAGUGUGUAGGUUGGGUGCAUCCUUGGUUCUAGCUUGGUGGUACACAUGAUUUCAGUUGCUUGGAGUACUUUUUAUUUGUUUAUUUAAACAAUUUCUAUGACACUUAACUACAAGCAUCUUAAGUGGUACACAAAGAUACAAUGCAAAAAAUUGUGAACAUUCCUUUGAGAGAGAAUUCGAAAGGCAGUAGAAAUCAAUAUGACAUAGAGAUAUUUAUUGAAGCACUUCUUGGUAUUGUGCUGAACUCAGUAAGACAGUUGGGAUUUCAGCCUCUGAUUAUUAGACCCUUGAUAUUUUGGAAUCAUUUGCACACUCCUUCAGAGAAGGUCAGCCAGUGACAGGAUUUCCUAGCAUUUCUGUUUUCCCUCAUAGAAGACGGCAAGCCAAGCUUCAGAAGGAACUAGCAGAAGCUGCAAAGGAGCCGCUGCCAAUUGAACAGUAAGUCUUCCCUCAUCUCAUUCUUCCCUAAUGUCUACAUAUGCCAGUCCUAGGAAGCAGACACAGACCCCACAAUGAACAUUACUGGUCUGUUCAAGCUUUGAAUGUUCUUCAUUAAAUUUUGACUAUAGCAUUCUGCGCUUUGAAGUGUGCGGUCAAGUGGGGGGAAAGGUUCUUAAUUUUACCUGUAAGAGAACGGAGGAAUGCAAAAUAAGCUCACAGCUUUUAAGUUGGCAGUGUUGCAUUACUUGAUUGUAGAAAUGGAUGAGAUAGAUAAGAGAUGGGGAGGGUUUCCCUGUGAGGUCAGGAAACUGGAGGUCCCUGCAUUGUGAGCAUUAGGGAAUGCAGUGGGGAACCAGCAAAAAAGGAAGCGGGCGAGCUGUUGCUGUGGUGCGUCUCCUCCUUCAGCAGCCUCUUCGGAAAAGAGGAAUGUUCCACUACAUCAGGGGUUCUUAACCUGUGGUCCAUGCACACCUCUCAACCCCCAGCCAACCAUUCUGGGCUAUCCUUGGCUUGCUGAUUUGAGAGAAUUCACAAGGCAGUGGUAGGGAAGACACCUCAAGUUUCCACAUCAAAUUGAAUUUCCUACUUUUCUGGAAAGUAACAAGCUACUGUUAGUUUAUACUUACUACAUUUUUUAAAAAAACCAACAACCUACAAUCAAAAAUAUUUUAAAAUAUUGAUCUAAAUUACUAGUAUGUGAAAGCUGAUCAGUUCUGUGCUGAAGGUUUCGUUGACAUAGAGUACAAAUUUGCUUUCUCUCAUUUUCUUUUAUUAUCCCUGGAGUGCACAGAAAUCACACUUUGUAAAAUGUAAACAAUGUAUGCGGGCUCAGCUUGAAUUUCAAAGGCAAAAUUUGACUGAAAAGAAAGGGUAGAAUCCCACCUUACUUAGAUGCUCAAGGCAACUUAGGUUUGGAUUGGGCAAAACCAACGCUUCACAGUAAAAAUACUCUAAAAAUCAACAGGUAAUAAAAACAAAAAAGCAAAUAAAACAUCAGUGGUAAAACUCUCCUUACUGUUAGGCUAAUUAUUCCCAUAAUUCCUUAGUGCGCAUAAAGAAGGUGUCUGUAAAAGUGCACUUUCCCUUUAGCCAUAUAAGGAAGCAAGCUUAUGAAUUCUGUUGAGAGGACAGGGAGUUGCUUAGCCCAAAUGCCUGAAUGUCCUUCAACUCUCAAAUGAUUCAAAAAAGGCACGGUCCUGUCCUCCAGGGAUGACGAUAUUGAAGUGCUGGCGGAUGAAACCUCUGACCCUGCUGAUGAGACAUCUCCGGUGCGCGCUGUCAAUCGAACAGCCAGGUAAGAAGAAUGGGGAUAAAAUAAUGGAUCCCCUGCCCUGAUCCACAAGAAGCUAAUAAAGAAUUCCAAGGGUGGGGGGAGGAAUUGCACAUAUCCUUAAUGGUGUAGCGGUUUGAGAACUGCUGCUAUUGUCUCCUGAAAGGGAAAAUACUUUUGAGAGAGUUGUUAUUUCCAGUGUGGAUGUAUUUGUGAUUUCUUGGCUAACAAAUGCCAGCAUCUGAGGAAGCAGUGAAUGUACUUGAGUAUAUCUCCUAUGCAGUCCCUGUUGGGUUGGAGUUCUGUGUUCCCAUUCAUUUCAUUGGGAAAAGGUCCUGUGAACUAUGCCCAUGCCAUUCAAAAUAUCAGUAGUUGUGAAACUCUGUGAAGCAUCAGAAUUGUUUUCCACAGAAGCUUUUUUAGCUAGGGAGAUUUCUUUUUUUACAAUAUCAUUAUACUUUAAUGGAAGUAUCCCAGAACUACAAUUUCCUGACUUGUAAGUUCUCCUAGGAAAACAGAGUGUGAGCAGCUGCUGCCUUGUUUUCCAUAAAUUCCCUUUGCCAUGCUGGUUCUUGUUCCUGGAACUGGAGGGAGCACUGCAGCGCUAAUGCAAAGGAGGCCAAGAGCUGGCGGUGUGGUCAGGUCUGUGGUCCUGUUCCAAUGAAGAGGAGGCAUGGUGUGGAGCUGUUGCAGACAGUUCUUCUCUUGACUGAAAGGACCAUGGCACAGCUACCUAAAUUGGCUCUCACAGCUUUGGAGAGCUGUAAUUAACCCAUCACUCUGUGUCUGGAUGUGGCAAAGCCCUAUAAUAGUGGCAGCAACUGCAGGUGGAAGGGAAGCAGGAAGCAGGCUGGCUUUAAGUAUUUGGAAGACUGAUAGACAGAGAGAGUGAUGGAGACAGAUCUUUAUCUCCCCCACCCUUAGUGGGCCAAAGCUCUUAUCAAAAUUUUUAUUUUAAAAAUAAAAAUAUAUCCUUUUCUUAUGAAGCUGCUCUUUCAGUUUCAUAUUCGGCUAUGAAAAUAUUUCUGUAUAAGCUCCUCUUGUGGAUCAUAACCACCUGAUUGCUUUGUUUAGCUCUGAAAACUUAUUUCUUAAUACAAAUUCUUAAUUUUAUUCUCAAAGUCUAAAUGGCUUAAACCUCUGUAAGGUGCCUCCUCUUCCUGCUGUUAGGCCAACAUGAAUUGCGCUCAAUUCAUAAUUGGUGAUGCGAGCAUUUUUAUUUCUUCAGUUCCAACGUGGUGACUUUUUUGACUGUCCUGAAUUUGAAUUUCCUGCUUGAAGUUGGGGUUCGAGGAGAAAUGCUCUCCUUGUUGCAUGCUGUGGGCUAUGUGUGUUUUUGAUCUCUGCUUGAACAACAAGAUUUAAAUCUGUCCUCCCCUCCUCUUUAGUAAGCGACACUCCCAGCCAGCUGGAGGCCUUCUGGACUCUAUCACUAAUAUAUUUGGGUAGGUUAGAAUACAUUCGCCUCUUUUGUUACAUAUCGGUACAAUAUGCACCAAUAUUACGGUGAUGCAAGGAUUGCAAACAGUUGUCCUUAUCUCAGCCUUUUUUUCUAGCUUCUGCCUCCCUGCCCCCUUUUUUUCUUUUGUUUUCAACUUCCUGUUCCUUACAUCUGCUGUGUGCUGACCUCUGAUCUUUCCCUCCAGUCUGUCUGAGUCUCCCCUUUUGGGACAUCACUCUUCUGAUACUGCCAGGUGAAAAUUCGCUUGAAAUUAUUCACACUUAAUCCAGCAUGUGAGUGAGGGAUGUUGAAGUAACUGCCUUGUUUUGAUGUUGUUAACUGUAGCAGUGAAAAGACUUCCCUGUUAAAAGGUGCACUUUACCCUCUUAUAUGAGGGCUGGGUUAAAAGCGAGAGCAAAAUUAAUUGCUAAGUUAACUGUAGUUGCAAUGACUGUGCUGUGGCCUUUCAUUGUAGUUCAGUCCUGCACUGAGCUGAGCAUCCAUGUCUAGGUGUAGAAAUGCAAUGUGAGCUUUAGACUGAGAAGUAUAUACCUUUGCAAUUCAGUGGGAUUUACUUUAUAUGGGAGAAAAAUAAACAUUUCUUUAAAAUAAAUUGAAAAGCUGCGGGAACUUGUCUUAGCAGUGAUCUUUGAAUUGAUUAGUUUUAACUCAGGACUCCAUAAGGCUGCUGUAACGUUGGUGAGUCCUUCCCCAGGCCAACAGCAACCUCAAGUUACCAUGCCAUCCAUCAGGUCCACGGGAGAAGUCAGUUGCAAAGAUUAUAGCAGCCAGGGGAGUCCCAACCAUGCAAAGCCAUCUCUGUGGGUGUAACCACCCAACUGCUGUUAUACCUGAAUCGGGCUGAAGUUUCUCUGCCCCUUCCCUCCCAUUCUUACUCUAUUGUGUAGUCGGGAUCAUCUCCCUGCCUAUAAUUUGAAGACAGAGCUGGUUCCCACCUGUGCCUAACUAUAUGCAUUGGUUGUGCCCUUUCUCAGGAGACGCUCUUUAUCCUCAUGCCCCACCCCUCAAGAUAACAUGGAGGCACAUCCAGGCACAAGCAAAGAGGUGCGAGUCCCUACCACCGCUCUGUGUGUCUUUGUAAGUAUAUUUGAGAGACAUUAGAUGUAGAACUUAGUAGCUUAACGUCUAGGUAAAUCUGUUUUUUGUUUACUGAUGUCAUCAUUAUGUAAUUGUAACCAUUUAUGCAGAUGUCCCUCUCUUGCUUUCAUAUCUUCACUCACUGUGCUUGCAGUCGUGAGUGUGCUGCCAUCUGCUGGUGAGCCUGACCUGUUCCAGCCUGCCUUCUCGCAACUUUGGAGCAGCAGAAAUGGGAGGGAAUCCCUGACCCCUCACCAGCUCCAAGAUUGGGAGGAAGGCUAGAGGUUAACCUGGAGCCUAGGAGAGGAGCCAAAUGAUUGUCCCUGGCAGAGGGAGAGGCAGGGUCCUGAUGCCCACAAUAAUUGGCUUGGCUGACAAGGGCAGCCCGAAAUUGGGACCCUGUUUUAGAAUUUUCUAAAACAAGUCACAAACUCAUUCAUUAAUAGAUGUUUUGCUGAGGUCAGUGAUGAUGUCAUAAAUCUCUGAUUGCACUGGUGAAUUGCACACCCACUACUUUCUCAGCUCCCAGCAGCUUUAUGCUUUCUAUCUCCCAUCCACACUUUAGUAAUGCUGUGAGGUGUUAUGAGGCUGCUGACAAUAUGUGGAUAAAGUCAGUGCAUGCUGCCAAAGUGUAAGCGGCUUGGCACCGACUCCUAUCUGACAAAGUGAGUCAAGGAGCCGGUAGUUUUGGGAUGUGUCUUAAUGUGCAUGAUCUUUAGUUUUCAAGCUGAGACCUCAUGCUUGUGAAUGGUGAGAGAAAUCCGUUCCAUCUAAAAUAUAAUGGGCAGGAGUCCCCUAACCAUCUUAGCUGGUUGAGAGACUACAGCCAUUGUUCUAGGGAUGUUUAUUCUAGAGAGCUGGUUGUUAUAUAUGCUUGGUUUCAUGUAGUUGAAAUCAAACAGGAAAAUAGUAGUUUUGACAAAUGAUCCACUUGGUGUUACACUGUGUGAGUGUGGUUCAUGCUUCAAGCUUGCAGUAUCUCUUGUAGGCUGGAGUGUCUCUUGAUACCAUCUAUAACUGUUCAUGUCCUGUUUCUUUUCCAUCCCCCUAGGAUGCGCACGACGGGGAGGUGAAUGCUGUUCAGUUCAGCCCUGGCUCCCGGUUACUGGCAACAGGAGGCUUGGACCGGAGAGUCAAACUCUGGGAAGUUUGCGGAGGUAAGUUCUUUAAAUAGGUACAAAUGAGCUUCCUCCUAAGAUUGAUUCCAUAGUUGACAUCUUCAAAAUAAUUGUGAAGAUCUGCAGCUACAGUGCAGAACGUUUGAAAGAGCCAUUCUCAUAGGGUGACUAGGAUGUUGGGUUUGGAUGUAGGAAACUCAUCUUCAACUCCCCACUCAGCUGUGAUGAUAAAUGUCUUCUCCAGAACUGUUUGCUACUCAGAGAAGGGAGAACUCAUCAUUCCAGUGGGACAGCAUUUGCUUUGGCUGCAAGAGGUUCCAGGUUUGGUCCCAAACAUUUCUAGUGAAAAGGCUAUUGGGUACCAGAACUGGGAAAGAGUGUCUGUCUGUGUUGUCUGUCUUUCUAUCUGUCUCUUUGACCAAGACUCUGAAGAGUCAUUGUCAGUCUGACAGUGGACCCAGUAAGCCAGAAGUAGUAGUCUGUCUUGCUUGCAGAUCAGCUUCCUAUCGCCAAGAAAAUGUAUAUGACUUACAGUUGUAUGUCACUGAUCCUGAAAUAUCAGAUCUGUGUCUUUUCAUUAUGAUGUUGCUUUUUUCAAAUACUUUCUUUCAAUAUCUGUAUAACAACAUCAGAAAUCAUCCCAAAGUAUCCCUCCAUAAUGAUACAUGACUUGAUAAAUUGAUUUAUUGUGAUGGUUUGAUAUUUUUUCAGGCCGUUUUUUUGUGUAUUUUUGUUGCACCCUGCCCUGACAUUUCUUUGAAUGAAGAACUAGUUUUAAAUCCUCUAAGAAAAUAAUGAAAUGAAAUAAAUACAUGUUACUCUUGCUUUUGGCUGAAUGAAAUAGACAUGGGUUCAAUCUUUUCCCUGCCUCCUAACUCUUGUUUCUUUUUUCUUGCACCACAGAAAAGUGUGAACUUAAAGGCUCUCUAUCUGGCAGUAAUGCAGGGAUUACAAGCAUAGAGUUUGAUAGUGCGGUGAGUAUUUAUUAUAGCCCUUUUUUUUUGCAACUGUUUCCCACCGCACUUCCCAAACCAUGUCUCUGAAAUAAGCACAAAAUAGAUAAGGGAGGAAAUGACACAAUCGUCCAGAAAUAGGUACAAAAUUUGAGCCAUUUUAGCACUGAUUAAUACUGUCCUUUUCAUAAGAUUGACUUGCUUAUGCCUUUUGUAUAUAACAUGCACUGAUUUUUUGCCAAGGUAUGAAAUGUCACAGUUUCAUAACUUGUGAGACACAUGGCAUAAAUCUCUGCUUCUUUUGAGAUCUAACAGUGUUUUGCUGAGGUCAGUGAUGAACAGUAAAAGGUCUGAUUUGCCCAGUGGUUUUGCCUCCUUUACCAUCGCAGCUCCCAGCAUUUUCGCUUCCAUCAUACUCUAGACAUGCUAUGAUUGGGAGAGUAUUUGCUGAUAAAUAGAGAUACGUUCAGUUUGUGUUACUCUAGAGCACUGGGUAGACGUGACUGACAUUGUUAUCCAACAUAAACAGAUAAUGGAGUUUUUGAGGUAUUGGAGCCACUUUAUGGGUAUAUGAUCUCAAAUUUUUAGCUGAGACCUCUUUUGCAGCAAAACAUCUUUCUCAAGAGCUCUUGUCAAGUUAUCAGCUGUGGCAGGAAGAAAGUGGGAGAAGGAAUGGGGUUGGGUGGGGCACUAAGUGUGAAAAGAUGGAGCAGUGGUAGAUGAGUAGAGAAAAUUGGGUGAGAGGUUCUUUAACUUCGGGUAAGAAGGUGAAACAGAAAGCAGCUUAAAGACAAUACAGAAUCUUAAUGAUAAGAGUACUCACUGUCUCAGCAUCAAAAGAGAGGACAGGAAGAGACCUAAUAGGAGGUCAAGAAGAAGUAGCAGGAAGUGGCAGUGAUCUGAAAUAAGAUGGUGACAGACGGAUACAAUAUUCCUUUGAUGCAGAUGACCACACAGGUGGUAGUGGUUCUAGAAAACAUUGCUACAACAAUGAGAGAACCAGGUGCCCUCCAGUUGGUGGUGGACCAGUGGGGACAGUGGGUUAGGUUGCCUAGAAGUUGUAGUCCAUACAACAUCUGCAAGACCAGAGGUUCCCCAUCCUUGUUCUACAAGAAGAAAGAUCAUAUUGAAAGAGUUUAAAAUUGUGUUUCCCCAGGGUUCUUAUUUAUUAGCCGCUUCAAAUGACUUUGCCAGUAGGAUCUGGACCGUGGAUGAUCAUCGGUUACGGGUGAGUAUUUUUCCCCCACAGGUGUGGCAUGUAUGCCUGCUUCUCACUUGUCUUCUAUAUAUCAAAAAGUGUUAGAAAUUUGUAGGGAUGUGCUGCAGGAUUUUAACUGCAGCUCUUGAUACCUUUCAAAAUUGAGUGGCUAGUUAAUCUCUUUUCUGCUUUUACUUACAAAGAGCUCUUACAGUUAACCUGGCGGAUGCAGAUUGCUGAUACGGGUAGAAUGUACUGUUUGAGAGAUCAGCAAACCAAGAGAGGUUCUGAAGGAGAACCUUCCUGAGAAAUUUUUAUACUUUGCAGAAUUUUGCUUAACAUUAAUUUUAAAACACUGCUGAAGAAUGAUAAUGGCUUUGGUGGAAGCAGACCAGUUCUAGGUUGGUGAACAGAUAAAAGUAGCGUAUUUCUCCUUUGCAUUUUGAAGUUGGUCUUUGUAAGCAUAAAGACACAUUUCACGUUCAUCUCUUUCACUCUCUAGUUUGCUCCCUCUCUGCCAUGCAGAUGGUCCAGCUUCCAGCAACUCCAGAUCAAAAUCUUCUAGGAUAGGAUAGCUGCAAUAGCCUCCACUGUUAGUUGGAGUUGACAGUAGACUAGAGGCUCGAAGGGACCCAGUAGAAGGAGCUUCAUUUAACUGUAAAUACUAAUAUGUGUGAACUUGGGGGGGGGGGGAGGCCUCAAGAUUCUAGGAAUUGCUUCCCUGAAAGACUGUGACUCUAUGCUAGAGCACCCGCCUUGCAUGCAGAAGGGCCUGAGUUCCAUCCCCAGUAAGUCCUGGUAGGGCUGGAGAAGUUUCUUGCUUGAAACCCUGGAAUGCUGCAGCUAGUCAGUGUAGACAGUACUAUGCUAGAUAGACGAAUGGUCUGACUUGGCAUAAGACAGUUCCCUAUGGAUCAGACCAAAGUCUAGCUAGACUAGUAUUCCAUCUCCAAAGAUGGCCAGCCAUAUAUCUCUGGGAAGCAGGACAAAGUGGUGAAAGCCAUCUCCUGUUGCAUAUCCCUGGCACCAGGUAAUUUGGGAUAUACUCCCACUGAACUCUGAGUUUCCAUUUAGCAAUCAUGGCUCAUAGGCCCACCCUCUAUGGUUGCCGACACCUUACCCAACUAAGAGAUGUGGAUGCGGUCUUCUAUACAGCAGGUGCUUGGCAAACCAGCAUUUGGCACACCAAACUAGGAUUGUUUAGAUCUCAAACCGGGUUUGAGUCUGGGUAACAUUAUCAGCGUUCUGUGCUUGCUAAAUGGUUGGAUGGCAUGGCUAGAGAGAGCAACUGUUGCCAAGCCUUUUCACUAAUACGAUGUCAAUCUCUUUCUAGCACACGCUCACGGGGCACAGUGGAAAAGUCUUGUCGGCCAAAUUCCUAUUGGACAAUGCACGCAUUGUAUCUGGGAGUCACGACAGAACCCUCAAACUGUGGGACCUGCGCAGCAAAGUCUGUAAGGAAGCUAUUCCACGUAUACAAUAGCAGUUCCCUUGCUUUUGUGUGUCUCGCAUGUGUUGAAGGGCAUAAGAGCAGCACUUUUAUUGACUUGUUAUUUCUCAAAAGUGUACAAGCUUGGUACUGGUCACCCUUCUGUUAAGAUUCUGAUAUCUACUUGGAAUCAAAACUAGUUUGUUCUACCAUGUUGUAUUACCAUAAUGCUCAGCAAGAGGGCACCACAUCAUCAUUCUGCUUGAGAUUCUUGUGACAGCGUCCGUCUUUGGAGCUACUUUGCUUAUGAUUAGAGGGGUUAGCUUAUGGGGCUGGCGUUCUUACUGGUUAGUCACAGUUCUAGUGAAAUUGGAUUAAGACAGUAAUUGUGUUUGGUGCCUGAGUGAUGGGUUCAACUGUUGUUGUUUUUUGCUGAGAGAAUAGUAUGGUUGGAGUGUGGGGGUUAUAGUUGUUGUCUUCUUUUUUUAAGGUAUAAAAACAGUGUUUGCUGGCUCCAGCUGCAAUGAUCUGGUCUGCACAGAACAGUGUGUGAUGAGUGGACACUUCGACAAGAAAAUUCGCUUUUGGGAUAUUAGGUAAGAUUAAGGUGGAGGAUGCGCUGGGGUAAGGGAACAUUGAAAAGGCCCUCUGACUUAGCUUUGGUUCAUUUGUAAUGGGCAACAUGAUCAGUGAAGUUCCGCUGCUUCCAGGGCAUGGGAGAUUCCUUGAGCUGUGAUUUAUUCAAAUAGUUCAGACUGCACCGUUCCCUGCAGGAUGUUGCACAGCUGUGUCUGAGUUGUUAUUAAUGUCAGGGGUUGCAUGAAAAGGAGGUGAUCAUUUUUAUUGAAAACAACAUGAGCCAUUACUUAAAUACUCCUCUGCAUGCAUGAAGAUUAGAAAUACGUUUGUCUUUAAAUUCUUGCUCACGUGCUUGGAAAAACAAAUUCUGUUCCAGACUGCAAGUGGUACAGCGCAGAAUUUAACUAAUCCUGUGUAUAGCAUGUGAACCGUGAUAUCUGGUUUCCAUCCCUUAUUAUAGUAUGCUGCUGCUAACUAGUGAGGCUUUGCAUUCUCAUAUGCCUGGCAGCACCGAGCAAAGUAGUCUUAAAAGAAAUGCUAACUCUUGUCACCUUCUGUUUUUUAGAACUGAGUGUGUGGUGCGGGAAAUGGAAUUGCUUGGUAGGAUUACAGCUCUAGAUCUCAACCCAGAGAGAACAGAACUCCUCACCUGUUCACGAGAUGACCUGUUGAAGAUUAUUGAUCUCAGAGUCAGUGCUGUCAAACAGACUUUCAGGUGAGUACUGCUUUACAAGUGGGUUGUGGAGUUAUAAGCCUGCUGUAUGUGUAGUGUUGCUACUAGGACUGCAGGAUUAGCCAUGAUGAUAACUGGCAAAGGUAGUAAGUAGGCUAGUCUGGUCCUGGAAAACCUCUGUUUUGUACAUCUCAUACUAAUAUAGAAGCUUGUUAAAUCCAGGAGGGAUCCAGGUUUGUGUAUCUAAGGGGUGCUGUGAGGAGUUCCCUUGUUGUUGGGUUAUUCAUAUUUGGAUCUGUAGAGAUGAAAUGUCAAUUAUUUCAUAGCUGCCCUAAAAGUAAAAUGUGAAAGAUAGAGUUUUAUUUAACCUUUUGGGGGGUUUUUUGGGUCUUUUUCUUCCAGUGCUCAAGGGUUUAAAUGCGGGUCUGAUUGGAACAGAGCUGUAUUCAGGUAAGCAGCAGUGUUGAUUGAACUACAGGGCACUUGAGAGGGAUGUGUGAUACUUUUCAUUUUAUGCACUCAAGAUCCUGAGUAAUCUGCUUUAUUAAAAGUAAUGUUGCAUUUCAUGUCCAAGUAACCAAAGUUCCAAAAUAAUUUUUUAUUCUAAGAAUUAAGUUACCCAGUUUUAGCUUCAGAAUUUUAGCUUCCUUGUGUGAAUGUUAUUAUUUUUGCACAUGCUGCUUACUGGGUGCUACAUAGUGAAAGAUCUGAUCAAUGGGUGGUGGUGGUGGUGGUGGUGGUGAUGAUGAUGAUGAUGAUGAUGAUAAUAAUUGUUGUUGUUUAUUUGCACCCCACCCAUCUGAAAGGGUUGCCCCAGCCACUCUGGGCAGCUUCUAGCAUAUAUAAAAACAUAAUAAAACUUAUUAGCAAACGUGGAGAAAUGAACUUGGUACUCUCCCUUCAAGGUAGAUAAGGGGUUCUGUGCUUGUAUGAAGCUUUGGACUCAAGAUUCUGUUCCCACUGUUUAGUAAGAAGAGAUUUUAGGUUGAGUGUCUCGUUAAACUGGACUAAUUUUCCUGAAAAAAAUUAUGAAUUCUAGAGCCCCUAUGCUAGCUUGUAGUGCUGGUGAGUGGAGCACACUCUAUGGUGCCCUAGACAAGAAGAAAGUAAUUUAGCACCAACUCUUUAUUGCAUUGCAACUAAAUGUGUGCUUUCCCCCACUUCCCCAAGCUGACAGAAGGGGUGUCCCCAUCAUUCUAUUCCUUUAUGACACUUUGCCACCUGGCUAGACAAGCAGCUGUUCUACCAUAGUCACGAUGCUGGGUGGAAUUUUGGAAAUAGUGCAGAUUAAUUGCCAAAUAUCUGCAACAUGGGUACCUUGCCACCUUUCAUCUACUGCAGUUUGUGUUGAAUAAUUUGUGUUGACAGCACUACUAUAGUCCUUUCCGACUCUCUGAAGAGAGUCUGUUUAGUUUAUGACUUCAAAGCUUUAGUUUAAACUAUGGCUAGAGUGCUGAAUUUCUGGGAGGCUUUGGUGGGUGAGCUUACAUAGGGAUUUUGCAUUAGGAGCACAGUAUAAAUUAGUGGUGGAGGCCAGUAUCUUGACAAAAAGGUAAAUAAAUGAAUCUUUUUCUGCUCUUUCCCUGAACCAAACUCAUGAUUCUUCAGCCCUGAUGGAAAUUAUGUGGCGGCUGGCUCAGCAGACGGGUCACUCUAUAUUUGGAAUGUCCUUACUGGGAAAGUGGAGAGGGUACUCUCCAAGCAUCACAGGUGAGGCAAGAUGAUGCUGUCAGAAUGCCAGAGAUCUUGUGUGAUGGUGAGGUAGUUACAUAGAAGCCUGUAAGCUGAAGUUUAACACUCCCUCAAUGAUUGGUUUAAUGACUAAGGCAACAGUCCUAACCCCACUUACCUGGAAGUAAGCCUCAGUAGGGCUUAAAUCUGAGUAGACUUGGUUAGGAUCACCCCAUAAUUCAAUGUAUCAUUGGUAUGCAUUGAGAUUAAGAAAUGACAUCCGAGCAAACUUGAGUGGCUCAACUAAGUUGCAGCACACGCUUUAAAAAAUGAAUCAACAGAGACUGAAUAGCACUUUUUUCCCCUUUAACCUGGACUCUGAGUGUAUUCCGCAAUCUAAUAAACUGAUUUCAUGCUUCGUUUCAGCAACUCAAUCAAUGCUGUGGCAUGGUCACCAUCUGGAGCCCAUGUGGUCAGUGUGGACAAAGGAAACAAGGCUGUGCUGUGGUCUGAAUUUUGA